AUGAAGCUGGCUGCUGUCUUCGUGGUGGUGAUCAUCAGCGUCUGCAGUUACUCGGCAAGCGCUUUCCUCUUGAAGUCACUCCUCCCUGUGAAGGAUGUCUUACCCCCCUUACCUGUGGACAGCCUGCUCACCUUCGAUCCACUGAAGCUCCUGCUGAAGACACUGGGCAUUUCCGUGGAGCACCUGGUGGAGGGGCUCAGGAAGUGUGUGAAUGAGCUGGGCCCAGAGGCCUCGGAAGCUGUGAAGAAACUGCUGAUUUACACCGUAGGAUUUGGGGCCCACACUUCAUCCGAGCUCCAAUCUAAGAACAAUCAGUUUUUAAGACGGGGCCCUGCUCAAGACACAGAAGCUAGAAGUGCUAUAGCCAAGUGUGGUGGAGAUAAUAGAUGGCUCCUGGUUAUUAAAAAGCAUUAUCAGCUGGGUUCUUAA